AUGGAAGAACCAGAAGGAGAACCUACUAGAGAUGAGAUCAUCGAUACUUAUAUCAAAACACUUUCUGAAGUCCUUGGAAGUGAAGAGAAUGCAAGGAUGAGAAUCUACUCAGUCUCAACAAGAUGCUACUUUGCUUUUGGUGCACUCGUUUCAGAAGAACUAUCAUACAAGAUCGAAAAACUGCCUGGAGUGCGCUGGGUCCUCCCUGAUUGUUACAUGGAUGAAGGAAAUGAAGAUUAUGGAGGGGAGCCUUUCAUCAACGGAAAAGCUGUUCCUUAUGAUCCCAAAUACCAUGAGGUAUGGAUACAUGACCAAAUUAAGCAACGCGCCAGAGAAAGAGACGUGCAACUUAACUCGUCACCUGGUGGAGAUGUGCAGCCUAAUACGGGAGGCCUGCAACAUGACGCACAUGCACAAAACAACAUGGGAGGUACACCGCCACCAAAUGCAAACUUGGGAAGUGCACCUAAUGCUAGAUAUCAGAACAACAAUAUGCCCAACAACGAUGGUGGAGAAUGCGGACAUGCUCCUAAGCAAAAUGGAGGUAUGUCCUUCCAAGGAGGGCCAUCUGAAGAUUUUAACAGCAAUGGAAAUUAUCAAUUGGGCCGGGCAACAAUUGUAGAUAAUUGA